CUCGCCUUAAUCUUCAUUCUCUCUUUAGCCCAUCCUCUAAACCUCCUUCUCGCUUUCAACUUUGCCUCCAACCUUAACCUCGCCCUCGCCUUAAUCUUCAUCUUGUCUUUAGCCCACGCUCUCACCCACGCUCUCGCUUUCAACUUUGCCUCCAACCUCAACCUCGGCCUCGCCUUCACCUUCAUCCUCUCUUUAGCACACGCUCUCACCCACGCUCUCUCUUUCAACUUUGCCUCCAACCUUAACCUCGCCUUCGCCUUCACCUUCAUCCUCUCUUUAGCCCACGCUCUCACCCUCGCUCUCGCUUUUAACUUUGUCUCCAACCUCAACCUCGGCCUCACCUUCACCUUGAUCCUCUCUUUAGCCCACACUCUCACCCUCGCUCUAGCUUUCAACUUUGCCUCCAACCUUAACCUCGCUCUCGCCUUAAUCUUCAUUCUCUCUUUAGCUCAUCCUCUAAACCUCGCUCUCGCUUUCAACUUUGCCUCCAACCUUAUCCUCGCCCUCGCCUUAAUCUUCAUCCUCUCUUUAGCCCAUGCUCUCACCCUCGCUCUCGCUUUCAACUUUGCCUCCAACCUUAACCUCGCCUUCGCCUUAAUCUUCAUCCUCUUUUUAGCCCAUGCUCUCACCCUCGCUCUCGCUUUCAACUUUGCCUCCAACCUCAACCUCGCCCUUGUCUUUGCCUACUCUUUUUCAUCAUCUCUACCCCUUCCACAUACAUUCAAGCUGGCCUUCUAG